AGUGUUAUUUGUUUGUCCAUGUUUUCCCACUUGCACAUUUUCUGUUUCCUGUUCAUUCUUCUCUUACUCUUUCAUCAACGAAACGUUGACAGAGUUUGAGUUUAAUAUUCCAAAGCUCAAAUAACCUCAAAUAUGCCGAGAGAAAUAAAAGAAAUUAAAGACUUCCUGUUGAAGGCAAGGAGGAAAGAUGCCAAAUCUGUCAAGAUAAAGAAGAAUCCAGAGAACACAAAGUUCAAGGUACGGUGUUCCAGGUUCCUCUAUACUCUGGUCAUCCGAGACAAGGAGAAGGCGGAAAAAUUGAAACAGUCCUUACCUCCAGGAACAAGCUUACGUGCAGGUCUCGUGAACAGCUCUGUCGCCUUCACCACGCGGAAAAUCCCGUAAGACGCGCCAGUCUGCAGGUCAGAAUGGUGUUCAGUUGCCAUGACAACCAGUUUCGGAUCAGUAACGGGUGGUCAAGAACAAUGAAUGGAGCGGAGUCGUUGUCUGAGGUUAGGUCAACAUUCUACCCCAUUCUAUCUGCAGUUUUACAAACUAUAGUUCAUGACAAAAAAUAAAAACUUUGAUUGCGAGAUUUACUGUAAUACGCGUGAAGAGUCAUUUUCACCAUGCGAGAUUUCCCGUAAUACGCAUGGUAAGGGUUAAAAGUAGUUAUAGAUCACUUGGGGCUGUUUAAGAGUUUUUUUUUUUUUCAUCACACGUAUUCAUUCAGGUUUCUAGUAAAACCUGAUAGUAAUUAAAGAUGGGAGUGAAAAACUAUGUGACAGCAACAUUGCACAGAAAACAUAAGUUUAACAAUAACAGAGUUGCAUGAAGUGUUCAUAGCUCUUAGAUUAACUUAGUGCAAAGGGCACAUGCACAUCUGCAGCGAUGAAUGUCUUAUUCUGUUACUAAUUUUUGUCGGAAAUUUCCAGAAAUAUAUUUAGCAUUGAUAACACUAUCUCUUAAUUUUGAACAGUCCUGUAGCUCAAAGCCUGACGAGUAACUUAGUUCUUACUGUGAGUCUCGUAUUAUUAUACCCAUGACUGAAUCAGUGCAUGGCUCAAUAUGGUUCUAAAUAUCUUCAUUCUGUGUUACAGCCACUCUUGCAUCAGUUUUCAGCCAAAUUACAUUAUUAAACAAACUCAAAGUGAUUUCCAAAAAUAUGAAAUCAGUCCCAACAUGUGUGAUCUAAGAAUGCUUUGGUGUUGGUGUAUUAGAAUCCAAAGGAGUUUAAUUAUCAGUGACCUGGGUUUCAAAACUGUGUUCGAGACAAAAUAACAUCCCAAACAUUGGAUGUCAGAGGAGAUUGUGCACCAAAAUUCAUAUUAUGUUGUGAUAUUAACCACAGACAGAUGAUUUAGUUCUGCAGAAGACAGAAAAGCAUUUCACAGUUGUGUGGUGUCAGACUAUAGGCAAAUUCCCCAUACAGUGCAGGUCAGCCAAUAGUAAUUUAAACCUCCAACUGGUGAUCAAUGGAACAUCGGUCGACAUGCAUCGUUCUGUGUUGUUAUUUAUUACUGAACUCACACGGGUGAACAUCUAUAUGCUUUAUAUACCAUCGGUGAUGAACAUUUAGUCUUGUUUACUUAGUUAUCUAGACAGAUAUAUUUUGUUUAUCGUGCUCUUACAUUCUAAUUGUGAAAUAGAAGAUACAAUACGAGUUGGUAUCUGAGUUUGACAGUUUCAGGCUAACUGAUAUAUCUUUAACAUUAGCCUGCCCAAGUUAACUUGAGUACCCCAAAAAUUACUACUAUUGCAAAGUAAAGCCUAGUUCCUAACUGCUAGCAACAAAUUAUGUAUUGAUUUUUUUUCAUAAUUUUCAAUGCUACUGUUUAACUCUGUAAGUAACUCCAAAUGUGGUUGGGGGACAAGCCUCUUAUGAUUCAGCAAGUUAUUGUUUGUGUUAUACUGAAUUUCAGAAUAUAUAUCAACAUUAAAUAAGAAUUUUCACAUUAACUUGGUAGGUUACUUAAGUUUUUAGUCUUCAUUUUAUUUACAAUAAUUUACUUUAAGACAAUUUGUUUUUCUGUUGCAGGCCUGCAAGUUAAGGAAGUGAAGUAAAUUUAAAUAAAAUCAUGUUUUAUUAAAAUUA